AUGUCUCCCCCAGCACCUGGCUCGGUAACCCACGAAUCUAGAAGGAUAGAAGACUGUGGUGCCCGCACUGGAUACACCUAUGAAGAAUACAAAGACACCGCAGAAUGGCUUUUGGCUAACACAGAUCACCGUCCGACAGUGGCCAUCGUAUGUGGCUCUGGACUUGGAGCUUUGGUGAACUGUUGAAGGAGGACCAGGUGGUUUUCCACUACAGUGAAAUUCCCAACUUUCCACAGAGCACAGUUCCUGGCCAUGCUGGACGCCUUAUAUUUGGGAACUUGAAUGGGAAACCAUGUGUGUGCAUGCAAGGACGAUUUCACUUCUACGAGGGUUACCCAUUGUGGAAGGUGACCUUUCCAGUUCGUGUCUUCCGCCUGAUGGGGGUAGAAACGCUUAUUGUCACCAAUGCUGCUGGAGGCUUGAAUCAGGACUAUAAGAUUGGGGACAUUAUGGUGAUAAUGGAUCACAUUAAUAUGCCAGGAUUUGCAGGACAGAAUCCACUCAUUGGUCCAAAUGAGGAAAGGUUUGGUCCUCGUUUUCCUCCCAUGUCUGAUGCUUAUGACAAGGACUUGAGAAAGCUGGCUCUGGGAGUUGGACAGGAGCUGGGCUAUGUGGAGAAAAUGCGAGAAGGGGUAUACUGUAGCCUUGGGGGACCUAACUUUGAGACUAUUGCUGAAUGUCGAAUGCUUAACAGUCUUGGAGCUGAUGCAGUGGGAAUGAGCACUGCUCCAGAGGUAAUUGUGGCCAGACACUGUGGUCUGAGGGUCCUGGGCAUGUCUCUUAUUACAAACAAGGCUACUAUGGAUUACAACAGUGAAGCAAUUGCUAGCCAUGAGGAAGUGCUGCAGGCUGGAAAAGACAGUGCCAAAUUCCUGGAGAAGCUUGUUUCUUUAUUGGUUCAGCGCAUAGAACCGAACAAUAAUGUGCGUUAA